ACCGCUCCCAACCAGCUUCGGGCCCCUCCAGCCUCGGACAGGAACUCAGAAGCCUCUCACCGCCUCUCCCCUGCCCUGGGUGGACGCUGCCCCUGCCCUUGGCCUUGGGGUUGCUCAGCUGUGCACCGUCCCUCUUUUAGAGACUUGGUGAUGGGGAAGCCCGAAAGCCCAGUGGGGAUGGUGGAGAUGGCUGGCCCCUCGGGGCAGAAGCGCCCAGGCUUCCUGGAGGGGUUGCUGCUGCUCCUGCUGCUCCUGGCGACAGGCGCCCUGGUGACCCUGGGCCUCCUCUACGCCCACAGCAGAGGGAAGCAGCUGCCAGUCCUUACUAGCCGGCUUUGCUUCUCGCAGGAAGAGGAGAUCGCUGUAGACCGACAACCCCGAGCCGUCAAGGAGCCGGACGAGGACAAUAUCUGCACCACCCCUGGUUGUGUGAUAGCAGCCGCCAGGAUCCUCCAGAACAUGGACCUGUCCCAGGAACCAUGUGACGACUUCUACCAGUACGCAUGCGGAGGCUGGCUGUGGCGCCACGUGAUCCCUGAGACCAACUCCCGGUACAGCGUCUUUGACAUCCUGCGGGACAAGCUGGAGGUCAUCCUCAAAGGGGUGCUGGAGAAUUCCACCAGCAAGGACCGGCCGGCCGUGCAGAAGGCGAAGACGCUGUACCGCUCCUGCAUGAAUGAGAGUGUGAUAGAGAAACGGGACUCCGAGCCCCUGCUGCGCAUCUUAGAGGAGGUGGGAGGCUGGCCGGUGGCCACGGACGAAUGGAACGACACUGUAGGCCCCACCUGGGCGCUGGAGGAGCAGCUGGCUGUGAUGAACACACAGUUCAACAGGCGUGUCCUCGUCGACCUCUUCAUCUGGAACGACGACCAGAACUCCAGCCGGCAUAUCAUCUACAUAGACCAGCCCACCUUGGGCAUGCCGUCCCGAGAGUACUAUUUCAACAAGGGCAGCAACCGGAAGGUGCGGGAAGCCUACCUGCAGUACAUGGUAUCAGUGGCCACGAUGCUGCGGGCGGACAUGAACCUGUCCGAGAACAGCUACCUGGUGUGGAAGGACAUGGCACAGGUGCUGCAGCUGGAGACACAGCUAGCAAAUGCCACGGUCCCCCAGGAGGAGAGGCACGAUGUCACCGCCCUGUACCACAGGAUGGAGGUAGCAGAGCUCCAGGAUAAGUUUCACCUGAAGGGGUUUAACUGGACGCUCUUCAUACAAUCCGUGCUAUCUUCUGUGAACAUCGAGCUGCUGCCAGAUGAAGAAGUGGUGGUUUACGGCAUCCCCUAUCUCCAGAAUCUUGAAGACAUCAUCGAUGCCUACUCAGCCAGGACCAUGCAGAACUAUCUGGUCUGGCGCCUGGUGCUGGAUCGUAUCAGCAGCCUGAGCCAGCGGUUCAAGGACACACGAGCAAACUACCGCAAGGCGCUGUACGGCACCGCCGUGGAGGAAGUGCGCUGGCGAGAGUGUGUCAGCUACGUCAACAGCAACAUGGAGAGCGCUGUGGGCUCCCUGUACGUCAAGGAGGCCUUCCCUGGAGACAGCAAGACUGUGGUCAGAGAGCUCAUUGACAAGGUACGGGCAGUGUUUGUGGAGUCCCUGGAAGAGCUGAGCUGGAUGGACACAGCAUCCAAGAAGAAAGCCCAGGAGAAGGCCAUGAGCAUCCGGGAGCAGAUUGGGUACCCUGACUAUAUCUUGGAGGAGAGGAAUAAACACCUGGACGAGGAAUAUUCCAGUCUGAACUUCUCGGAGAGCUUGUACUUUGAGAAUGGCCUGCAGAACCUCAAGGCAGGUGCCCAGCGGAGCCUCAAAAAGCUGCGGGAAAAGGUGGACCAGAACCUCUGGAUCAUUGGGGCCGCCGUGGUCAACGCAUUCUACUCCCCAAACCGGAACCAGAUCGUGUUCCCCGCUGGGAUCCUCCAGCCCCCGUUCUUCAGCAAGGAGCAGCCACAGGCCCUGAACUUCGGGGGCAUCGGGAUGGUGAUCGGGCAUGAGAUCACCCACGGCUUUGACGACAACGGCCGGAACUUCGACAAGGACGGCAACAUGCUGGAUUGGUGGAGUAACUUCUCGGCCCAGCACUUCCGGAAGCAGUCGGAGUGCAUGGUCUACCAGUACGCCAACUACUCCUGGGACCUGGCAGACGGGCAAAAUGUGAAUGGGUUCAGCACCCUUGGGGAGAACAUCGCUGACAAUGGAGGGGUGCGGCAGGCGUACAAGGCUUACCGGAAGUGGGUAGCAGAAGGCGGCAAGAACCAGCAGCUGCCAGGACUGAAGAUGACCUACGACCAGCUGUUCUUCAUCAACUAUGCCCAGGUGUGGUGCGGGUCUUAUCGGCCAGAGUUCGCGGUCCAGUCCAUCAAGACUGACGUCCACAGUCCCCUGAAGUACAGGGUGCUGGGCUCCCUGCAGAACUUGGCCGCCUUCGCAAACGCGUUCCACUGCGCUCGGGGCACCCCCAUGCACCCACAGGUGCGAUGCCGCGUCUGGUAGCCUAGGCCGAGCCGCGCUGUGCGGCCCACGCCCACCCGCGUCCAGAGGCGUCCGCGAAGACAGUGCAGCUGGCGGGGAACAGCGUUCGCCCCGCGCCGGUUCCGCGCCGCGUCCGGCUUCCGCGAUCGGCCUGGAACGCAGCCGCCGCCCCCGGGCGCCCGGGGGUGAGCGUAGCCCGGCCCGGAGCCCCCUCCGCGUCUGCCCGCGAGGGUCCACGCCACCCCGCCGAAGCCCUGUAGACACGUUUAACUGUCAUCCGCCCACUCCAAAGCGCGUCUUUGUGAGAUGGCCAUGAGCUUCCAGUCGAGCUAAGUAAACGCUGCGAACAAGUCGGCUGCCUUGUCUGUCUAGGAGGCUGGGGGCACCGAUCGGCAGUGCCCGCCCGGAACGUGAGCGCCAGCUCUGUCCACCCACUGCAUCUAGCUUUGCCGCUGACAACGGCUGGCCUUGGGCAAGACGGCGGCCAUGUGGGAAAACAGCAGGGCGUUCUGGGGACGGAGGGGCUUUCCCGACAAGCCGUCCCUCCAGGGUCAAGAUGCCCCCGAGUACCGGCCCUCUGGGACCACGCAUUCAGACGGGGCAGGGGCUACUGACGGGAAGGGGCUGAGGUCAGAGGCGGAUGGAGGGACCCAGGGGUCAAAGCACAGGAUCUGGACUUGGGGUUUUAUGGCAUUGGAAGCCAGUGGAGAGGUGAAGCCACAAGGGGCCACUGUCACCCGCCCUGAGCUUUUAAAUGACCACUGGGAAGGAGGCGGACUGCAUCCAGGAGGGAGGUGGAGGUAAGCAGGAAGGCCAGCUAAGAGGCCGCUGUGGUAACCCAGGCCCCAGUCAGAGGGGUACCAGGGCGGUACUGAGACGGUCAUCUGAGCCCACUCAGACCAGAGAGUGCCGGAGAGGAGGUGCGGGGAGCAGCUCAGCUCUGGACACGUUAAGUUCCAGGUGCUUGGUUGGGGGGAGGUGAACAUACCAGCCAAGUCAGCCCCCCAGCGCCCCCAUCAGGGGGCAAAAGGCGAUUCUCACAUCAGUGAAGGUCCUUCGGGCAGACCAGCGCUUCCCCUCAGUCUCUGAUGUCCUCCCAACUCCAGUGGUCCAUGGAGUCCAUUUCCUCCCUGGAAACCCAUGUAGCUCACAUCAGCCACAGGGCAGGGCUCCGGUCCAGGACCUGGGGAGCCUCCC